CGAAGAGGAGUUAGAAACAAUAACUGCAAGAAGAAGAAAAAGAGUUCUUAACCUCAAUCCUAACACUGGCCCUAACUUUAAUAAUAUAGAAGCAGAGAUUAAGGUUGAAGAAGAAAGAAACCAAG